CACAGCGCCGCGGCAGCCUCCGCGCACCGCCCCGCGCUCAUUGCCGUCCUCCCCACACAGCGGCGGCAACGGCCGCGGGAAAGUAGUGCGCGGCGGAGUGAUCGGAGCGGCGCGGGGCGGGGCGUCGGAGGAUAUAUAACGAGCGGGAGCAAACGUGUGGCGUAGUUGGAGACGUUAACGGGUUUGGUCUGUUGUGCUUGUGAGUUUGGCCCGCGAGCCCCGUGACCAACAUGCAGAUCUUCGUGAAGACCCUCACUGGCAAGACCAUCACCUUGGAGGUGGAACCCAGUGAUACCAUCGAGAAUGUCAAGGCCAAGAUCCAGGACAAGGAGGGCAUUCCCCCCGAUCAGCAGAGGCUGAUCUUCGCUGGCAAGCAGCUGGAAGACGGGCGCACCCUGUCCGACUACAACAUCCAGAAGGAGUCCACUCUCCAUCUUGUCCUGCGCCUCAGGGGUGGCAUGCAGAUCUUUGUGAAGACCUUGACAGGCAAGACCAUCACCCUGGAGGUCGAGCCCAGUGACACCAUUGAGAACGUGAAGGCCAAGAUCCAGGACAAGGAGGGCAUUCCCCCCGAUCAGCAGAGGCUGAUCUUUGCUGGCAAGCAGCUGGAAGAUGGGCGCACUCUGUCCGACUACAACAUCCAGAAGGAGUCCACCCUGCACCUGGUGCUGCGCCUCAGGGGAGGGAUGCAGAUCUUUGUGAAGACCUUGACUGGCAAGACCAUCACCCUGGAGGUGGAACCCAGCGACACCAUUGAGAACGUGAAGGCCAAGAUCCAGGACAAGGAGGGCAUUCCCCCCGAUCAACAGAGGCUGAUCUUUGCUGGCAAGCAGCUGGAAGAUGGACGCACCCUGUCUGACUACAACAUCCAGAAGGAGUCCACCCUGCACCUGGUGCUGCGCCUCAGGGGUGGUAACUGAAGAUGACUUGCUUCCAAGAAAAAGUUCCUCUGCACAUGUUCAUUCCAAUAAAGUUCUUGCAUCCACAAAGAUUUCUGUCACUUAAAUUCUUCCAGCAGCUAUUUUAGUUACUUAAUUGCAAGCUAAUAAAUUCUGGUUAUUUAAUUACCAAA